AUGGAUCCCACAUUGACGGUGUUACUCCACUUCAUCAACGCCUUUAAGCAAUCCUUGAAGUACUAUAUGACAUUGCUCCAGGGGAUGGUCCUCCUCCUGACUCCUCUCAAAUCAUUGAGCGAAAGACUUGAGACCGAUCCAGCAUGCAACUUAUAUUUAUCCUCUCAUAAAGGCAACUCAAUUGAAAAUGGCUGA